AUGCUCGCGGACCGGGAGUCGAGUGCAUACUCAGCCAUCCACGGGUCCCAGCAGCGUGCGUCUAAUGGAUCUUAUUUGCUGGCGAGGUCAGCCCUCUGGUAUGGACGGCCAUCGCUACAUCGAGUUUUACAGAGCGAACCACGCGGUUCAGUCAAUGAACUUAACGAUUCAGGGGGGCGCAAGUCGCAUGAAGUCCUGAACAAAGAAUACACGAAUGAGAGUCCUCGACACUACUACUACUACUACUACUACUACUACUACUACUACUACUACUAG